AUGAAGAAAGACCCGGAUCUCGAAUCAGCUUUGUCUCGAAAUCGUAGAUGGGUGGUGAAUAGUCAGAUCAAGAACAUAAUCCUUAGAUGUCCGAAUCAAUUUGCUCCCAUUGAUUAUCUUCAGAAAAAAUUCAAAAGCCUCGAUCUUCAAGGCAAAGCACUUAAUUGGGUAAAGAAGUACCCGUGCUGCUUCGAAGUGUACCUCGAGAAUGAUAAGUAUUUCUGUCAGUUAACGAAAAGGAUGAAGUUUCUGGUCGAGGAGGAAGAAAGCGUUCGAGAUUUGCAGGAACCGGUUUUCGUAAAGCGACUGGCGAAGUUGUUGAUGAUGAGUAGAAACAAAAGACUCAGUGUUAUGAAAAUCAAUGAACUGAAGAGAAAUUUUGGCUUUCCCGACGAUUAUUUGCUUCGGAUUGUUCCUAAGCACACAGACAUGUUCAGGGUCGUUAAUUAUACCGGGAGGCGAAGUUCAAUGGAUAUUGAACUUAUAUCAUGGAAUCCAGAUUUUGCAGUUUCGGCAGUUGAGAUGUUAGCUCAGAAGGAAAAUCGUGAGCCGUGCUUUACAUGUUCUUUGCCAGAAAAUUGGGUCAAAUCAUGGGAGAGAUUUCGAGAGUUCAAUUCCACCCCAUACAUUUCACCGUAUGUGGAGUUGACAGGCUCACACGAAACGGACAAAAGAACCAUAGGUUUGGUGCAUGAGUUAUUAUCUCUGACUUUGUGGAAGAAAGUCUCGAUUGCCAAAUUAGGUCAUUUUAGAAGAGAAUUCUGCUUACCUGAGAAAUUAAAUGUUUUGCUUCUCAAGCAUCCUGGUAUAUUUUAUGUUUCGAACAAAUAUCAGAUUUACACUGUUCUUCUUAGGGAAGGAUACAGUGGUUCCGAAUUGAUUGAAAAGGAUCCGCUCGUUGUUGUGAAGGAAAUGUUUGGGGAAUUAAUGCAGGAAGGACUUCAUGAGUAUAACCGAAGGCACCACCUAAUGAACUUAGAAAAGAAGAAGAAGAAGAAGAAGAAGAAGAAUAAAGGUGUUUUAGCUGUUGGGCAAGAAAGAAUGAAGAGAGGCAGCCAUGACACUGCUAAUGAAGAUGAUGAAGGUGGUGGUGAUCUUGGAGGCAUAUUUGAUGCCGAGGAAAGGAAAAGAUUUUACAACGUUCUCUUUGAUGAGAAUGCUAAAUGA